AUGGCAUUCCGGGAGAAGAUUCUCGACGAGUUACACCCAGAAGUUUUGAAUCUCCGCGUCGUUCCUGCACAAACUGUGCACAAUUCCACCGGCGUGCUCGUCUACGAUUUGUACUAUAGCAAAGAAGAGUUGACGGAUCUUUGGAAUCGUCCCAGCCAAUCCGAGCCCGUCACAAUAUACGCGUCGGUGAAGAAGAUGACGAUGUCGUAUCGUAAAAAUCGGGCGGCCCUGAUGAACAAGUGGGCAGAACCCAAGGAAAAAUAUUGCGAGUUGACGCCGGACGAAUGCACGAUCUACUCGUAUAUCGUGGACCAGCUACGGAGCGACGAACUCAACGUGGUCACCUGGAUUUGGCGCGAAUCGCUUCCACUCGGGUUCAUCCACCAGAAAUACAUCACGAGGCGCCCGGUGACGCCCGAGGAAAAGGCGCAGAUCUUGAAACAAUGCCAUCGGGAUGCGUAUUAUCCAGUUGUCACCCAAGAAUACCGAAGGCGACGCGAUUCACGGCAUGCCUGCAAAGGGAACCGUUUUCACGUCAUCCCGGAGGGCGGUCUCGAAGGAAUCGCACCGUAUUUGGGCCCGUCAAGGCUCCCGGUCGGCGCCAAGUUCAUCACGGCCGAUCUGAAAAUUCGGCGGAACAUUCGAGCGCGACCCACUAACGCUCCACCACUCCUCAUUCGCCGCUUGAUCAUUGAAGAUUUCGAAGAAUUCCUGAGCGAGGGCUUCCUCUGCGGCCGGUUCUUCAGCGGCAACCAGUUCAUGGUGACCCCGGUCGGCAAGGGCAGAAGGAGGGCUUGUGGAUGUACGCUGGAUCUGUGCGAUACUUGGGAGAUUGCUGUCGACGAGAAGACCGAAGAAUACAUCGAAUUCCGGCGGCCAGACGGGAACGAGGAAGCCGACGUUUUACAGUUGGUACGGCCGACUGAGAAACAGAUCCUUCAACCUGUUCUUCGAAACCUCCCAAUUAAAGAAGAAGAAGAGGAGUUUGACGUUUUCGAGAUUGGUGCUGAGGGCGUCGUUUUGUGCACCGCAACUCAGGACGAAGUCGAGAUAAUGACAACGCUAAUCGACAAAAACCUUGAUGGCAUCGCUUGGCUGAAGAGAAAUCUGUUGGCUGUGUUGUGCCCUGAAUUCUUGGAUUUCCGAAAGCUGCCGUUGGAAGUGACGCACAACGCUAUCGGUGUGAUCAUCGCCGAUCUUCAUCGCCACAAAGGAGACCUGGCCGAUAUUUGGAACCGGGAUGCCGAGCCGGACGUGGAGAUCGAAUUCGAGGAAUUGAUGCAGCAGAUCAAGGCGGAUCGUGUCGAUCGGUUCCAUCUAGCCGCGUGGAGUUGGCGGGAAACGCUGCCGCUAGGCCACUUUGACCAGGCGCACCUCAUGUGGUCGCCGAACGUCUCCAAGAAUCGAGGAGGAAGCGAAAACAACCGGAAGCGCAAAUCAACGCACGUCUGCCACGGGAAAAUGUUUCAAGCCCUGCCCGAAGAGGGCCUCGAGGACAGUGCCCCCUACUUGGGCCCAUCCGUACUUCCCGAGGGCGCCAAAUUCUACUGGGCCGACAAGAACCUUCGCGAGGACGUCCGGGCACGAUCCGCCGAUUCUGCACCACUCCUCAUUCGGCGGCUCGUUUUGAAAGGCCAAGAAAAGAUGAUCUCGGAAGCGUUCCUCUACGGACGGCACGGCGACGGCAACCAGUUCACCGUCGUCUCAGUCGGGAAGCGCUCAAAAUCAUGCUGCGGCUGCCCCUGGGACAAAUGUGACACGUGGGAGAUUGCUGUCGAUGAGAAAACUGGAGAAUACGUCGAAUUCUACCCAAGGGAUGAUGAGGAUGAUGAAGACGAUGAUUUUUUGAAUUCUUUGGAAGAAGAGGAAAUCGUUAGUAAUCGGGAACGAAAACCUGCUCGACCAGCACCACUCACAGAAAGCGACGUCGAAACCGAUUCCGAUAGCGAUUCCAACUCAAUAGAUGAUGUGAUAUUUAUUCCAACGACGGAAAAACGCGCCAAGCCACCAACACCGAUCGCAGAGAGCGACGUUGAAUCCGACUCCGACGAUGAUGUAUUCUACGACGCAAUCGAUGAUGAGAUCCAGAUCAAGAGAAUCCGGUUG